AUGAACCGAACUGAACUGAGUAUAUCUCUCCCAGGUGGAUGUGAAGAUGAAUCAGAAGUGUCUGGUAGAACAGUUGACUGUGGUUCUGACUGGUUCUUCGGCCCUCCAUCCCGCUGGCUCCUAGCGCACUGCCAGGCCCUGCUCUACAGGGUGGGAGACUCACUCACCUCCAGCCUCACUGCGGACAGGUGCAAUGACAUCAUCCACAGCAAGGAAGACUCGCUCAGCUACCUGCCAACCCGAAUAAAAGUACAGUAGCAUACUGCAGCUGAAUCGUGUCUGGAGGCCAAUUACUCAGCCCAGCUGGCCCUUCUCAUGGAGCUGGUGUCCCACACGUAAGCCACCCAGACCCCUGCAUACGCUGUGUGCUGCAGAUGCUGCAUCUCCUUCAUCCUCAGGACCACACUGGGCUCUCUGCUGGGGGAGAAGGCUCAGAUCGCUGCAGCCAAGGAGAUCUGCCUGGCCAUAGGCAAACAGAAGAGGGCUGUUGGUGAGAGGACGUUUUAAUACACCAUUACUCAUUGAAUAACAGGGCAGGGAUUGGUUGUUGAAAGAUGUGUCACUUCUUGACUGGCACAUAGGCUUUUUCCAAAUUCUUCUCUCCUUGAUUUUUCACGUCCUCUCUCCCUGCCUCCUCAAAACACAUUGGUGGAUAAGGUCAGAGUGGAAGGACCUAGGAUCUUCUCCUCCAAUGUAGUGUGAGAAGGAAGGGAGGACGCAAGGAAUCUAGGAAAGGCGAUUGAUAAAAAGUCAAUUUGUUUGAGUGGUUAGAAGAAUGAUGAUCUCAUACAGGCCUUAUGAUGUCAUUAUGUGCAUGUCAGCCUUUCAGAUUGACAGUAAUGCCUCUAAAGUGGUGUUGCUUGGUGGUCAUGGUGAUGUGUAUGUGCAUUUCCCCUCCUCCUCAGAUGGGUCACCACCACAGACAUAGCUGCCAGUCAGCUUGUGUUGGUUGUGCACCCUGCUGGAGCUGGGUAGCCUGGUACAGGGUCUGUUAAAUGCCGUAUUAUGGGAAGGCUGUGUGUUUUCUGCUGUGUGUGCAGUUGAUGAGAGGGUUGAGUGUGCUAUGGACUGCUCCAUAGAGUUAGGAGAGAGAGAGAGAGAGAGGAGGAGAGAGGAGGCAGAGAGAGAGAGAGGCAGAGAGAGGAGAGAGACGGAGAGGGAAGAGAAGAGAGAGAAGGGGAGGAGAGAGAGGGAGAGGAGGGAGAGAGAGAGAGAGAGGAGGGGAGAGAGGAGAAGGAGAGGAGAGGACGAGAGACAGCGUGCGAGAGAGAGAGCGAGAGAGGGGAGAUGAGGAGAGAGAGAGAGAGAGAGAGAGAGAGAGAGACAGAGGAGAGGAGAGAGAGAGAGGAGAGAGAGAGAAGAGAUAGCGAGAGAGAGAGAGAGGAGAGAGAGAGGAUAGUGAGUGACAGUAACAGAGAGAGAGGGAGGGUGGGAGAGAGGGAGAAUAGGGAGGGAGCGAGAGUGACAGAGAGGGAGGGAGGGUGGGAGAGAGGGAGGGUGGGAGAUAGGGAGCGAGAGUGACAGAGAGAAAGAAGAAAGAAGAGAGAGAGGUAUCAGAGAUUAAUGGGUCACACUCAAAUCGCCUGGGCAGCCGACCCAGCAUUUUGUGCUAAACAACAUUAGUCUAUAUGAAGAGUUUAUAUCUACCAAUUUUUCACAGUUGUGUUUUUUCAUCUGAAAUUAUUGCUUAUGGGUGGGUACCUUCAUGUGUGUAGAAAAUAUUACUGUUCUCAGAUUUUUUAUUCAUAGAUUUUAGGUGUGUAUUAACAUGUUUUUUUGUAAAAGCUAUAUAUCCAUUGUUUAGCUGGAAUGGAAUGUUCAUAUACUGUAUAUUUGACUGUGAUAUGUGGUUGUCUCACCUAGCUAUCUUAAGAUGAAUGCACUAAUUGUAAGUCACUCUGGAUAAGAGAUCUGCUAAAUGACUAAAAUGUAAAUGUUUUGUAAAUCUCUUGUUACUGUAUUGAUUUUUUUGUUAGUUUUUUAUAUUGAUAUCACAAAUGUAUUAUUUGUAGAAUUCUUUAUUAAAAUGUUUGUUAUUUGUUACAUUGGACUGUGUAAAACCUAGCAGUACAACUUAUUUCUCUGAGAGUGAGGCGGCUAUAUAGCGAUUUGCAAAAUAACAUGAUUAUUUGUCUCUGAAAUGAAACCAUCAAGUGCUAGAUUUCAAACAAAUACAUAACUGUCGUUGAACAACCCCAUGCCAUGAUUAGAUAGUGAAAAAACACCAAUCUCUUUCAUAAGUUCAAUAAAAGGUAAUUUACCAACAUUUCUGAAAAUGGAUAUAUGGCAUUUUGGAAAGAAACUUAAUUUCUUUAAUGCAAGUGUCAUGAGGGGAUACGAAUAUAACGGAGCCAGAGGCAGACAGAGCCAGCCUCUACAAGUCUCUACAAAGUCUCACAUAAACUAGGUUUUCAUCCAAUUGGCGACAGAUUUCCAUGUAAAUAUUCUAAAAUCAGCAUAAAGGAAAUAUGCGCAUUUCCUCACCAUUUAUGUGUUUCCACCAAAUCAGUGCUUGAUGACGUAUUGCACACAAAAUAUACCAAAUAAAAAUCUCAAAUUCAAUGUGUUUCCAUCGCAUUUUCAACUCUACCGAUAGUUUUGCCACAAAAACUGUUGCGUUAAAUAGCAAAUGUGCCUACUCUAGUUUUAGCACGUGCGCUCAAGCCAACAGCUCGCAGAUACAGUGUGGGUAGGCUAGUCUACGUGAUGAGAUUAUUAUGGAUGAGAGCAAUAAUAUUUGUCAUUUGUUUCCCGAAUCGUAGUGACUCCAAGUUUACUUCGAUAUGAUGGUUAUUAUAUCAAUAUUUGCGCAUAAAGGCAUUUUUUACCAACACAAAAAGAUCCCACCAUGUCGAACAAACAAAUUAUCUGUCUGCAUUUAUGAAAUUGUACUGAAACUUCCUGUUUCCAUCACAGCUGUGAUUUCUUUGUAUUUGGUAUGACUUUACUCGCAUAAAAACUGUGGAUGGAAAUGUGGUUAUAGACAGUCAUCAAUUCAACCCAACAAACGCUCAAUGCCCAAUAUACUGUACAGUAUGUGUGUGCCUGUAUGUAUUGUUAUAACAUACUGUUAGACACAUUUUAACUGGCUUUUUCUGUGGUGUCCGUCCCUCUCUUCUCAGCCCUGCUGAACACAGUUUUCUCCGUUCUGCUCCACCCCAGUGUGUCAGCACGGUUAGCCGCCGCCUGGUAUCUACGCUGCGCAGCUGUGGCCCUGCCUUCUCAGGGAGCCGUGCUGCUGGACCGCUGUGCAGAGAGGCUCAACGCCCUCAAAUCCUGCCUUGAGGCCGUGGCCGGGUACAGCGCCGCUAUCGCCGCCCUGCUGGGGGCCGUGCAACACUGCUCACUGGGCAUCCCCCACACUAAAGGCAGGGUAAGGACUGAGACUGACUUCAUCUGGGUAACCUAGCAACAACUAUACAUAGCCAUGUGUAUAGUUGAGGUCUUGUAGUUACAGUAUUAGUGAUUUAUGGCUGUUUAAUGGCUCCUCCAUAGUUCAAUUAGAUGCUCCACUAAAUCAGUGGGAGCUGAUGUAUUAGUACAGGUAUCUAAAUGAUAAGUGACCGUCUGUUCCCAGGUGGUGACAGGUCUGGCCGAGGACCUGCUUCGUUCAGCCACUCAGAACAGCCGCAUCUCCAUCCAACACAGGCUGGCUGGCUGCUGCUGUCCGCCCUCACUCAACACGCUAGGUAUGUCCAUCCUCCACCCUCUGCUGAUGUGUGCUGGACCAAUGGAAAUGUAUGGCCUUGUUAAAAAAUCUGGGACUUUCUCAGACCUUGCCAACUACUGCUAUCUUAAAUCUUAAACAGCUGUGUGUGAAAGGGAUCCUAUCUCAAUGAGAUGAACCUGUAUGAAUAAAGGUUAAAUAACUUAUUAUUUAGGUCCAGCGGUGGUUGACCACCACCUCCCCAGGAUGCUGCUGCUGUGGAGGUGUUCCUUCCCUCCCUCCAUCAGAGACCUGGACAUGGAGCUCCGCCAUGGGGACCACUUCACCUGGCAGGUCAACCCUGGAGGGCCAUACUGGAGGGCUGUGUGGUGAGCAACACACACGGACACACACACACAUACACACACAGUUGUCUGUUAAGGAGUUUUCUGUUGAUGGCCAUGUCUAUGUUCAUUAAGACGUGUAUGUUGCUUUUCCAUUCCAGCCAUGAAAAGCCUGGUGGUUCACUGCAGAGAUCUCCUGUUUGAUGACGUUAUAGGUAGUCUCCUCACGCUUCUUGCCUGUGCUGUGGCUCUGCUCACCAAGUGAGACAUCGGCAGGCCUCUGCCAUAGGCCAUGUUCCAAUGGCCAUACAGUAUGGACCAUACUAGCGUAUCACUUAGAAUACAUGCCUAUUACAUUUAUCCAUACUAAGUGGUACGCUAGUGUGGAUAUUUGAACAGAGCCUGUACAGACUACAGAGUACCCUGUCUAUCUGAGUAUAUUCUCACACUUCACCUUCUAACAACUAUCACUGAUGAAGACAGCCACUUGGCUCUGGUCCUAAGGUUACCAUGGAAGCUAAAAGUAACUCCAUCCUAAAAGGUGAUAUCCAGGACGUUUCUGGUGCGUUGUCAAGUCCCCACUUAACCUCUCGAACACUGUAGAUGCCUGCUCAAGGACACAGCUAGCCAAACUGCUUCUCCUUCUGAGGACUGAUGGUGAAUCUCGUUUUCGUUUCUGACUGUUAACGCGAGGCUGACUGAAACCCAUCUAUGUGAAUUGCAGGGUUCCUACUUUGAUUAAAUCCUAUGAAUACCAGAUUAAAAACUCCUCGGUAGUCUUCAGACUGAGGGUCUAUGAGGUCCUGGCUCUGCUACCCCCAAAGACAUUUGAAGGUGAGAGCUCUUUUAAACGCUACUCUCAGAGACUUGAAUGUUAGUAAUAGCUAAGAGGAUAUUCGUGAUAACUUUCAUGUCUAUGUAAAAUCACAUUGAGCUUGUGAUGUUGACAUGAAUGCUGGACAUAUUUGUUGGACAUUUCUCUACAGUAUAUAAAAUAACAUGGCUUUGUUGUUGAAGUGAGGGCAGUAGCUAGUAGCUUGGUCCUAACCCCAGAUAUGUAACUCUGAUUUUCCCCAUACACCCACCCACCCAUCCACCCACCCAUCCACCAUCCAUCCAUCCAUCCAUCCAUCCAUCCAUCCAUCCAUCCAUCCAUCCAUCCAUCCAUCCAUCCAUCCAUCCAUCCAUCCAUCCAUCCAUCCAUCCAUCCAUCCAUCCAUCCAUCCAUCCAUCCAUCCAUCCACAAAGAGAGUUUUGGCAUCGUGCUGAAGCAGCUGGUGACAGACCUGACUGGGCCAGAGAACUUGGUGUGUUCAGAGCUGACGUUACUACCCCCCCUCAGAGUGGUUGGGUUAAAUGCGGAAGACAAAUUUCAGUUGAAUGCAUUCAGUUGUACAACUGACUAGAUAUCCCCUUUCCCUUUCUGUCACAGUGAUGACCUGGCACAACUUGGCCCUGCUCUGCAGGACAUGGACCAGCGCUACAUAGAAGAACAGGUCUGCCUGAGGCCAAAGGGCGCUGUCACCAUAAAUUACAAAUAUAACUAA